AUGUGGCUUACCACGCUUAUCUUUGACUAUGGGGCGUCAGUUUUCCUCGUCCUCUCGCCCCUCACGUCGUAUUCAGACCAAAUAUAUAGCAUACAUAGGACGAAAAGUUCUGCUGGAUUUUCGCUGGAUAUUCCAUUGAUAAUGCUUGUGGCUUCGAUAUUAAAGUUGUUUUACUGGUUUGGCGCUUAUUAUUCGCCCACGCUCCUCUAUCAAGCAAUCAUCAUGAUCGGAGUACAAUUGGUUUUGCUAAAAGUGGCCCUGGAUAAUCGAGCGCCAACUGGGAUAAAGGACGGGAUUGAACAUCUACCGUUUAGUGGGCAAUCGGCAGGUGGUCUGUCUGCGGGCUUCUCGAGACCAUAUAACUUUUGGCAGUGGAGAGCUAAUAGGCCCUACUGGACAUUCCUCUCCUAUUUCGUCACAUCCCUCUUUAUCAUCCACGUCUUUCUCCGCCCCAUCUCGCGAUCGCAAUCCUAUAUUGCACUUCUUGGCUUUGCGGGAUUAAGCGUGGAAGCAUUCCUCCCAGUGCCACAGAUAAUAUCUAACCAACGUGCGCAAUCCUGCAAAGGCUUUCGUGUCUCCGUGCUCGCGUCGUGGAUUCUUGGAGACGCAAUGAAGAUGGGAUAUUUCUUUUACGAUGCCGAUUCAGUCCCAUGGGCUUUUCGUCUUUGUGCGAUUUUGCAAUGCAUCUGUGACUGCUACCUUGGUGUACAAUAUUGGAUGUUCGGGAAUGGAAUUCCAGCAAAACUUGAUGUUGACCGGAUUGUGGCCACUAGCAGGUUUGAUCAUGGCGAUGGUAGGUGGAGGAUGAAGGAUACCGAUCAUCAUUCCCCCUAUACUGCACCUUACCAUUAUAUCUUGCAGUCCAUGGCUUCGUCAAGAGACACUAUUAGAAUUGGCUUUGUGCCAGAGCACUACCUAACCCCUCUUCACCUUGCUCUCAAGUCGUUCAUCCCCUCCCUCCCAUUCAAAGUGACCAUCAAACCAUUUCCUUCUGGGACAGGACAUAUGAUAACCUCCCUGCGCGAAAAUGAAAUUGAUAUUGGCAUCGGAUUAACUGAAGGCUGGGUGGCCGGGUUAGUUGGUAAAACGCAAUUGGAGAAUGGUGACGUAGAUGGGGGGUAUAAAAUGGUAGGACAAUGGGUAGAAACCCCACUGAGAUGGGCUAUCGUGUCAGGAAGGAAUCGAACGGAGAUUAAUGGGGUGAGCGACUUGAAAGGAGGGCGUGUUGGAGUAAGCCGAUUGGGGAGCGGUUCUCAUAUCAUGUCAUUUGUUCUAGCCCAACAGCAAAACUGGUCGUCAACCUCAUCACCACUUAGACCAGUUGUUCUGGGACCCUUUCCCUCACUGCGGGAUGGAGUUACUGGGUACAAUUCUUUAACCCCUUCAGCCACUCCAUCCCCAUCCGCCGAUUUCUUCAUGUGGGAACAAUUCACUACGAAGCCUUACUUCCACCCAUCGGAAAUCAAUUCAAACCCUCCUCUAAAGAAAAUCGGAGAGAUCUUCACUCCCUGGCCUUCAUGGCACAUUGCUGCUUCAACUUCUACAUUUCCUUCCCCAGCGCAAGAUGAGCGACUCACUCAACUUUUCGAUGCCCUGGAUAACGGUAUUGCUGCCUUCGAGGCCGACAAAGAGCAGGUUGUCAAAUUGCUAGGCACGGGUGAACUAGGUUGCACGUAUAUUGAGGAAGAUGCUAGAGAAUGGCUUAGAGAUGUACGGUUUGUCAAGGAUGGAACGAGAGGCGUUGAUAAGCCUAUUGUUGAAGGGGUGAUUGAUGUUCUAAAAGUAGCUGAUGUCGUCCCGGAGAAUAUUGAGAAUUAUGUUGCCUUAGAGAAGGUUGUGGGUAUAUCUAAAUAG